AUGGGAAGGAGAAGCUUUGAAUCGAAAGGGGAGGCCAUCCUUGGAACCUUUGAAUUGGAAGGGGAGGCUGGUGAUGGCUCGUCGAAUUCUGGAAAUGGUGACGGCGGCGUGGCGGACCGCCUAGAGCAGGAAGAAGGCAGUGGAGAAUGGCUCUCACCGGAAACUCGCCGGAAAUCUUGUCUCGGGAGGUGGAAGAACUAUCUCAAGCUGGGCAUCAAGAAAGGCUCCCUCACCCAAGAUGAGCAGUCUCUCGUCGUCCAUCUUCAGGCAAAGCACGACAACAAACGGAAAAAGAUCGCAGCUGAGGUCCCCGGCCGCACUGCCAAGCGUCUAGGGAAGAAGUGGUGGGAGGUCUUCAAGGACAAGCAGCAGCGCGAGCACAAGGAUAACAACAAGGAGGCCCUCGACCCCAUACUCGACUCCAAAUACGACCACCUCUUGGAGACUUUUGGUGAGAAGCUCGUGAAUUCCAUCACAAUGCCGCCAACUCCCAAUGGUGGUGGCACAUUCCUCCAACACACCGAUCCGUCCCCUGCUCCCUUGUCUAGGGAAGUCGUGUGGAGAGAAGAGAUUUUAGAGAGGGCAUUCCUUGUUCAUUCGAUUUUUUAG